UACGUGGAAAUAGUGGAUAUAAGUGCACCUAACUAAGUGUAGCACAGUCGCUGUUGCGGCAAUAAACGGAGCAGUAGAGGAGCUACAACAUCCGGGCAAUACUCAGCUUACACAGAAACGGAAUGGCGGAGGCGGGUGAAAAGCCCCUGAAGAGAAGUGUGCAUGUCGUGGUAUAGUGGAGAGAGGAUGAGGAACUGUGAUGAAGACCCUCAGCAGGAGAAGCAGAAGUGUUAACCGGCCUUAGAGGAGAUUCAGUGGACUUUCGCCCCAUGAAGAUGGCCGCGCAGUCCCACACUGUACGGUCAAGUUCAGCCAUCUACACUAAAGCCGGUGAGCUUCCUCUGGAGGAGCUGCUGGCUCUGUACGGCUAUACGAUGUCAGACCCAGAGAAGGAGACCUGUCACAUGACUGCCAGCCUGCCAGGCAUGACACUGGACAAGGAUCAGAUUACUGAGGAUCUCUUUCCCGGGGAGGAGGAAGAGGAGUCAUCAGCUGAUUAUCUCACCCCCUCCGUCACCUCAAACACCUCAGAUCUGCUCCGCCGCCUCCAAGGUGGAGACAAAGACACGUUAGUCAGCUCAUCAGAAGAAGACUCAGAUGAUGCCUCUAUUCCCUCCAAAGAAGAGCACAAGGAGAUCAUGGUGGGCUCUAUGUACCAGGCCAAAAUCCCUCCUCUCAGUUCAUAUACCCACCAGGAGACAGCCUGCAGCGGUGAGGACCAGUUGUUGUGGAAGCCGGGCGUCCUGGCUGUACAGGAAGUGGAAGAUUUUUUGCAGAAUGCACAGAGACCGGGUAACCAGCAGGGGGCAGCGUGCACACAGACACAAGGACACACUGUCCGGGACAACCAACAGGCACUCUAUGAACUAGUGAAAUGCAACUUUGUUGCAGAAGAGGCUCUGAGACGAGUACGCUUCAAUGUGAAAGUGUUCAGUGAAGAGCUUUGUGCCUGGAGCGAGGAGGAGUGCAGGAACUUUGAGCAUGGCUAUAGGGUUUACGGGAAGAACUUCAACCUCAUCCAGGGGAACAAGGUACGAACGCGCUCCGUCGGGGAGUGUGUGCAGUAUUACUACAUGUGGAAGAAGUCUGAACGCCACGAGUACUUCACCCAGCAGACCACCAGGCUGAGCCGCAAGAAGUUCAGCCUGCAGUCAGGGAGCAUAGAGGAUGGAGAGCAGGACGGGGACGGUGGGGAGGUGGAUGGAAGCAACUCUUCCUCAGGCUUGUCGUCUCGGAGCUCCACGCGGCAGCAGGAGUCUCCGGUACCUCCACAGUCCAGCCUGGAACUGGACAAACAAGACGGUGCGCUGGUGACGGGGCUGUCAGACCUGUGUGGAGACGGAUGUCCUCAGCAGCUGCUCGGCUGUCCCUUCUCCCUCCUGCCUCUGGACGAUCUGCGGGACCCCGGCUCCACCAGUUGUUGUCCCUCAGCUCAGCUCCAGUCCCAGCCCCCCCCUCAGUGGAGCCCUCCGUCCUGCCACGACGACCCCCACCUCUCCGGCUCCUGUUUCUACCAGCUGCACAUGUGUGGUGGACCUUUUGUUUCUGAGGACGGUGACGCAGCAGGCGGAGGGACGGUUACUCCCAACGGGCUGCAGGUGGAGUUCAGCCUCCCGUCUGCCUCCCCUCCCUCCUCCUCUGUCCUCCCAUCACACUUCCAAGCACUUGGCAGCCUGCUGCAUGCCUCCCCCGUCCAGCACCCCUCCCCUCUCACACAGUGAAGGGACAUGGGGAAGACUGAGUGGUACUCUUCGUGAGAUAUCUGUUGGAGUUGAGAAACCAGGACACUCAAACUGCAUUUCCUAACUUUGUGAAAAAGGAUGGACCUCCUUACCGGUCUGAACUCUCUUUUUGUAAGCUGACACACUUGAACCCUCAUCCCACUGUGGAAGGACGAGUGUAAAUCACUUCUUUCAGGUGUUGAUUAUGUGUUUAUUAACCGUUUGUUACCACACCCUGCAGCAGGGCAGAUGCAUUGGUUAUGAUGUAUAAUGUGAAGCACCAUGCAGCUGAAGUCCAUUUUUUUCCCUUAACCAGAUCAAUGAAUUACAACGUUAACCACUGUUUCUUUAUUAUCUUAUUUAUCAGGGUGGAACAGAUAACUGCAGCUCAGAUUUCCUCAAAUCAAAUGGUUUUUUUUUUAGGUAUGUUUUGCAUAAUUUACAACAGUUUUGCAGCCGGUUGAGAUCUUGGAAGUCUGACCCUUCGAAAUGAAAUAAUUUAUUUAAUCAUUUUGUUUAAACGUCACCUUUUUAAUAAGUCUGUAAGUAGCUCUCCUUCUUCUGUCUCUGUUGUCUGCACUUCCUGCCUCCCUCACUCCACCUGUCUGACAUGUUUGGCAGAAAGUAAAUCCAUCUCAACAAUUUCGUUUCAAAUAUAAAAAUCUAAAACAGAUAAUAUUUCUUGUUUCUAUACAAGUUGUUGAAUUUUUCAUCCUUGGAAGAAUUACAUGGAGAUGUAUAAAGACGCUGUGCUUUGUCGUCCUUUUUGGUUUUUACAUGUUGUAUAUUCGGUAUCAUUUUGAGGCUGUUUGACAUGAAAAAUAUCCAUAAAAACAAAGGGUGUUAAUGUAAAUGUACAUGCAAACAUAGGGAAGUCACUGAAUGCAAUCACACUUCCUCAGGAUCUGCAGCUGAUGAUCCCCGUGACCUCUAAUCGCUUAGCAUUACCAUUGAUUUGGACAAAUGGAUCAGAUAAGAAAGCAGUUAAAUGUAAAAGUGUAUUGGAUUGAGAUGCAUCUUGUCUUGUUGUAUCAACAUAAAAUAAAAGAUGGUGGGGUGUAAAGAUAA